CGACCUUCAAUUCUGCCAAACGCCAUGAGCAGGCACUCGAAGAACAACACUGCGACCCAUCACUUCACGUACCGCGAGAAGGUGGCUGCAGGGCAUGGCACGUUAAAGCGUCGUUAUGGCAAAGACUCCCAGCUUCCGUUUGGGUGUUGUUGUCUUUGCUUGAAACCCAUUCUCGAAAAGGAGGAGCCGCUCGCGAGCCCUUGCGGGUACAUGUACUGCAAAGGCUGCAUCUACGCCAACUUGUUGGCUCAGAAGCAACAAAUCAAGCUCGACGUGGCCGCGUAUGAAGCUCAGGAGGAGGGAAAGUUGGCCAAAGAAGACGCCGAGGUCUUGGCGGCGGAGCGGAAGCUCCUCGAGUCGACUCUGGGCGUGAACCGACAAGUGGACUUCAUCAAGAGCGUCGACGAGCGCGCUCGCCUUCAGCUGAGCUCCAAGAUCGACUUGGAGACGACGGCCGAGAAGGCCAAGGAGAUGCAGCGCACGUCAUUCUGGGUCCCAGGGUUCACCCCGUCGGCCGAGGUCGUGUUGGCCAAGCCCGACGAGUUUACCAAGGAUCCGAUGAGUGGCAAAGCGCUCAAGCUCAAGCAGCUCAUGCCUGUGCACUUGAAGCGUUCUGACAAAGAGACCAAGGGCGAAUCGGUCGUCAUGUGUGCGGUGAGCAACAAGGCCAUCACACACCAAAUGGCCGUGCUUCUUCGUCCGUCAGGCCAUGUCGUGAUGGAGUCGCUGCUCAAGGACAUGGUGCUACCGACCAUGACGUGUCCGAUUUCGGGCCUCAAGUUGCGCAGUCAAAAGGACAUUGUGCACCUCCAAGCUGGCGGAUCCAGUUUCAGCGCUCACAGCACCGUGGAGGCCAAGAAAUAUCGACCGAGCAUGACUUAAGCAAAUAAGAGGGAUGCUGCAUAGUACAAACUACGUGGACAUUUGCUGUGACUUGGUCGUGGAACUGUAUACUCACUAGAGGAUACGGAAGAAAUUAGUUAUUACCUAUUGAACACAGCGAUCUAUUUAAUUGCAGCC